UAGGCCUCGGUGCGGGCUGUGUGCGAGCGGGGCCGGGCUGGGCCGGGCUGGGCGCAGUUGGGGAGGUCGCGGUCACAUGGCCGAGAGUGCUUGCGGGCCAUGGGUCUGGUUGGGCCCGCAGACUCGGAGUGCGGGCCUGACCAGUCUCAAGACCUGCGUGGUAACUCUGCAGGGACGGCCUCAGGAUGCAGAACGACGCCGGCGAGUUUGUGGACCUGUACGUGCCGCGGAAAUGCUCCGCAAGCAACCGCAUCAUUGCUGCCAAGGACCACGCGUCCAUCCAGAUGAACGUGGCCGAGGUUGAUAGGACCACAGGCCGGUUUAAUGGCCAGUUUAAAACCUAUGGCAUCUGCGGGGCCAUUCGCAGGAUGGGCGAGUCAGAUGAUUCUAUUCUCCGAUUGGCUAAGGCUGAUGGAAUUGUCUCAAAGAACUUUUGAGCAGAAGAAAUCGGGAAUUUGUUACAAAUAAAAGUUUUAAGUACCUGUGACAGUUAA